CCAUCGCUUCUCUCGACGCGGGCUCGGGGUUCUUGCUCGAUUCCAAAAGACUUCCAUUUCCGUUCCCGCGACAAGGGAGAUCUAGAGAGAGGAGCAGGAGGAGAAACCCUAACCCUAACGAUCUGCUCGCAUCCAUCUUCGAUGGCGCACGAGGAGCUCCCUAUUCCCAUCUUCUCCUCUCUCGAACCCGUCUUCGGCGAGGGCUCGCCGCUCGAUGAGGCGCAGCUCCGAUUCCAGACGCUCAAGGCCAAGUUCGUCGAGUUCUUCGGCCACGAGCCCGACGUCUACGCUCGAGCGCCAGGUAGGGUGAAUCUGAUCGGGGAGCACAUAGAUUACGAGGGGUACUCGGUGCUCCCGAUGGCUAUACGGCAGGACACCAUCGUGGCCAUUCGGAAGCGCGAUGUGGGAGAAUCGGCCAAGUUGCUCCGGAUUGGGAACGUGAACCCGAAGUAUUCGAUGUGCACGUACCCUGCUGAUCCUGACCAGGAAAUCGAUUUGAAGAAUCACAAAUGGGGGCACUAUUUUAUCUGUGGGUACAAAGGGAUUUAUGAGUUUGCUAAGUCAAAAAAAGCAGAUGUUGGUUUGCCUGUUGGCCUUGACGUAGUUGUUGAUGGGACUGUGCCCACAGGUUCUGGUCUAUCAAGCUCUGCAGCACUUGUAUGUUCAUCAACAAUUGCUAUAAUGGCCGCUCUUGAUAAGAAUUUCCCGAAGAAAGAAAUUGCUCAACUUACAUGUGAAUGUGAGCGUUAUAUUGGGACACAAUCUGGAGGCAUGGAUCAGGCAAUCUCCAUUAUGGCAAAAACUGGAUUUGCUGAGCUGAUAGAUUUUAAUCCUAUACGUGCAAGUGACGUGCAACUACCCUCUGGUGGAACCUUUGUAAUCGCACAUUCCCUUGCGGAAUCUCAGAAAGCUGUGACAGCUGCAACAAACUAUAAUAAUCGUGUCGUUGAAUGCCGCUUGGCAGCUAUUGUCCUUGCCAUAAAGUUAGGGAUGAGUUCAAAUGAUGCUGUCUCCAAAGUGAAAACACUGUCUGAUGUUGAGGGGCUAUGUGUAUCAUUUGCCAAAAACCAUAGAUCUUCAGAUCCUGUUCUUGCCAUUAAGGAACUCUUGAUGGAGGAACCUUAUACUGCUGAAGACAUUGAGAAGAUUACAGGCGAGAGUCUUACAUCCAUCUUUGCAAACUCACCAUCUUCAUUGGAUGUCCUAACAGCAGCUAAACAUUUCAAGCUGUUUCAGCGUGCAUCACAUGUUUACUGUGAAGCAAAGCGUGUCUAUGCUUUCAGGGACACAGUCUUAUCUAAGCUCAGUGACGAAGACAAACUUAAGAGGCUUGGUGAGCUUAUGAAUGAGAGCCACCAUAGCUGCAGUGUACUAUAUGAGUGCAGUUGCCCGGAGUUGGAAGAGCUUGUAAAUAUUUGUCGAGACAAUGGAGCACUUGGUGCAAGGCUUACAGGUGCUGGAUGGGGUGGUUGUGCAGUUGCUUUAGUGAAAGAAAACAUCGUCCCUCAAUUCAUUCUAAAUUUGAAGGAAUCUUUCUAUCAGUCAAGGAUCAACAAAGGAAUCAUCAGCAAGAAUGAUCUGGGUCUAUACGUGUUUGCAUCGAGGCCAUCUAGCGGUGCAGCAAUUUUUAAGUUUUAGAUUUUGUUGUAUCCUUAUUUGCCUAGUCAUUUAUGCUCCUGAAAUAAGACACCUUAUGCUCUCCAAUCCAUUUAAUAUAAUAAGUCAUGCUGUUGACCUGAUAGGAAUAGUGAUUUAGGACUGUCGGUAUAUAAAGAGAACUAUCUUAAAUUGGAAUGCUGGAUGAAUUACCUAAGAUUUGCAUGAUAUUUUAGUGUUGGU